CUUCUUUCCGCGAGAAAAUUCCCACCCAUCUUCUUUUUUCCGGGAAAUUUUUUUACAUCUUUCUGAGCUUGGUGAACCGUCCAAGUGCACCGUGAUUCAUGUGAAUCGCAAGGCUCCCAUUUAUCUCCUUCACAUUCGUGUUUUUAGUAUAAGAAACCUUCCUUCUUUCAUGCCUCAAACCCUGGUAGCCACCGAGUGAGAACCAAACCGAACCAAACACAAACACUUUUGCUUUCUUGAUACUUCUCUUCUCUACACAUUAAAAAGAUAUUUUCUUUUCCUUAAAAGGAAGUUUUUUUUUCUUUAAUUAUCUCUACUCUCUGCUUUGUUUAGUGAUUGGUUUUCUAAGGUUUUGGUAUCAUUUUGGGGGGCCUCCGAGCGAUGAGGAACGAAGAUCAAACUCUAUCCCUUUUUGGGCUUUCUCUUACAGAAAGGCCUAAAUGGCAGCAGUUCCUCAUUUGCUCUGCUGGGUUCUUCUUUGGCUACCUUGUUAAUGGCGUUUGCGAGGAGUACGUGUACAACCGACUUCAGUUUAGCUAUGGGUGGUACUUCACCUUUGUGCAAGGAUUUGUAUACAUUAUACUAAUAUACCUACAAGGAUUCACCACCAAACAAAUGGUUAACUCAUGGAAGACUUAUGUAAAGCUCUCCGGUGUUUUAAUGGGUUCUCAAGGACUCACCAAAGGGUCUUUGGCUUUUCUUAAUUAUCCUGCUCAAAUCAUGUUCAAAUCCACUAAGGUAUUACCUGUCAUGAUCAUGGGUGCCUUCAUUCCAGGACUGAGAAGGAAAUACCCUCUUCGUGAAUAUGUAUCUGCAAUACUUCUAGUUAUUGGUUUGAUACUGUUCACCUUAGCUGAUGCUCAGACAUCUCCCAAUUUUCGCGUCUUGGGAGUUAUAAUGAUUUCGGGUGCUCUAGUCAUGGAUGCUUUUUUGGGGAAUUUGCAAGAAGCUAUCUUUACUUUGAAUCCAGACACCACCCAGAUGGAGAUGUUGUUCUGCUCAACUGUUGUUGGGUUACCUUUUUUGCUUCCUCCUAUGAUUCUCACAGGAGAAUUGGUCAAGGCUUGGAACUCUUGUUACGAGCAUCCGUAUGUUUAUGGGGUGCUAGUGUUUGAAGCCAUGGCGACUUACGUCGGCCAAGUUUCUGUGCUGUCCCUCGUUGCUCUUUUCGGCGCAGCCACCACUGCCAUGAUAACAACGGCUAGAAAAGCAGUGACUUUGUUGCUUUCAUACGUGAUAUUUACAAAGCCAAUGACUAACCAACAUGGGCUAGGACUUCUUCUCAUAUCUAUGGGAAUAGUAGUUAAGAUGGUCCCAGAAAACAAAAUCCCCAGUUGGAGUUCAGUCCAAUAUGCUGUUGCCAAACACGCCAAAUCCAAUUCCAAAGCAGACAAGGCUAUAAUAAGAGACUCGGAAGAGUCAGGAGACGAGGAGAAAAGAGCCCUGGUCUGACUCAUUAAAGAUCGUGGUUUUCUGUCUAUUUUGUUUCAUUGCCCUUCGAAAUUUCAAUUUCUUUUUUAGGUUAUUUGCGUCGAUAGUUCUCAAGUUAUUACGUUUGUAGUACUUAAGUACUCAAAUUAUUUUUUUGCGACAAAAGUACCUUCUGUCCAUGUUUUUGUGUAGUUUGGUACAACCGUCAAUUCUAAUCAUUAAGUUCGUUUGUAAAACAUAGGAAAAAAUAUCUAAUUAAAGAGAUAUUUGCAGCGACA